CAUCCCUCCAUGCUACUCACUUCCGCCUGUUUGGUCACGUGACUGCGUGACGCAAAACAAACAUGGCGGCUUCCAGUGGGAAAAGUGGCGCGUCUGUGAGAAGAAGGCGUCUGCAAGGUGGUCCAACGGAAGCAAAGUCUACAGACAACAGCAGAAAAGAUGCCGCAGACACUGACGAAAGUGGCGACGAGGAAAAGAAGCUCCAAUCUUUACAAACGGGGACUUUCUGGCUUACUCGUAUUGUGCUGCUGCGCUCCGUUGCCUUUAUUUACUUUGUCGCUUUCAGUGUUGCAUACAACCAGAAUAAACAGCUGAUAGGCGAAAACGGACUGAUGCCCUGCAAGAGCUACCUCAAUAACGUCAAGCGCUACGUGGGGGGAAAGAUAGGCAUGGCUGCCCUGGCGUACACCCCCUCGAUCCUCUGGUUAUUGGACUGGAACAAUAUGAACGGCAACCUAGAUGGCAUUGCCCUGUUGGGGAUGGUGCUGUCCGUGUUUGUUCUGGUGACGGGAAUGGCCAAUAUGGUGAUCAUGGUGACUUUGUGGGUGCUAUACCACUCCCUGGUUAAUGUGGGACAACUGUGGUACUCCUUUGGCUGGGAGAGUCAGCUGUUAGAAACUGGAUUUUUGGCCAUUUUUCUAUGUCCAGUGUGGACUCUGUCUCAAGUACCCCGCCACUGUCCCCCGUCCCUCAUCUGCAUCUGGACCUUCAGGUGGCUCAUUGUCCGUAUCAUGCUUGGAGCUGGCCUAAUUAAAAUUAGAGGGGACAAAUGUUGGAGGGACCUCACUUGCAUGGAUUAUCACUAUGAGACACAGCCUGUUCCUAACCCCAUGUCAUACUACAUGCAUCGCUCCCCUUGGUGGUUCCAUCGCUUUGAGACAUUGUCCAACCACUUCAUUGAGCUCAUCGUCCCAUUCUUCACCUUCCUGGGCAGGCGGAUGUGUAUCGCCAAUGGUGUGAUUCAGAUUCUAUUUCAGGCCACUCUGAUUGUGAGUGGGAAUCUGAGUUUCCUCAACUGGUUGACCAUUGUUCCAAGUCUGGCCUGUUUUGACGAUGCAUCAUUGGGCUUCUUGUUUGGCUCUAGAAGUGGAGCUAAGGAAAAGGUGCUGGAGAUUCAGAAUGAGGACCAACAAGGACAAAGCCCCAAACCCACCAGAGGGAUGCGGAUUCGUCAGGUGGUCAACAUAUCUUUGGGCAUUCUGAUUGGCUGCCUGAGUGUUCCGGUGCUGAUGAAUUUGCUGAGUCCCAGACAGGUGAUGAACACGUCUUUUGACCCGCUGCGCAUCGUCAAUACAUACGGGGCCUUUGGCAGCAUUACCAAGGAGCGCACGGAGGUGAUUUUCCAAGGCACUCUGAGUAAGGAUCCCAAAGACCCAGAGGCGGUUUGGGAGGAGUACCAGUUCUUGUGUAAGCCGGGAGACGUGUACCGUCGGCCGUGCCUCAUUUCCCCAUAUCACUACCGCUUGGACUGGCUCAUGUGGUUCGCUGCCUUCCAGACCUAUGAGCAGAGUGAGUGGGUCAUUCACAUAGCAGGGCGCCUGCUAGCAAAUGAUAGCACAGUCCUCUCCCUGCUGGACCACAACCCCUUCAAGGACACAGGUGUCCCCAGAUGGGUUCGAGGGGAACAUUUCAAAUACAAAUUCAGCCAACCCGGCAGUGCGCAAGCAUCUGAGGGUAAGUGGUGGCUGAGAAAACGCAUCGGUGCCUACUUCCCUCCUGUGGACUUGGAAGGACUCAGGGGCUACUUCCAGUCCAGGAACUGGCCCCACCCACAUACAAUACCAACAAAGAGGACCUGAGCACAUAUCUAACAUAAGUCCCACUUGGAGGACAACAGAGACUGAAUGACACAUUUACCAGUACCUGUACCAGUACUGUUAUGGGGGCCAACGGUAGACAUGUGAUCAACAUGAUGCCAUCUUGUGCCGCUACUACUUUCAGAAUGAAACAAGGAGAUGUGCUGCUUUGCUGUUGCACGUUUCUUCGUGCACUGCAUGUGAUUUUUAUUUUCCACAUGUAAUCAUGUGUUUGUGCUUUGUAAAUAAAUUACAAUCGGGGUGUGUUAUCACAUCACUUUUCACUUAGUGCAGUAGUACAGUAUUGAACUUGUCAUGCUACUAUAAUUACAUUGAUUACACUGGGGAACAAUAUUUUUUCAACUUUCUGUUGCAUUGGAUUUUUUAACUGAUUCUGAAUGAUUUUUAGGUGCUGAUUUCAAAUCUGAAAUUAGUUUUUCUCCAUAAGCUCUAGUUUUCAUGCAAUUUGAGAUAGAUGAAAUAGUCUAAAUAUAUGAACUUACGUAACCCAAAUCUAUGCGUUUUGAGAUUAUAUACAUAGAUUCCAUUCCUGUUCCAGUUUUCAAAGGUUUGCCUUCAUUAAACGAUAAAGACAUUGGACAUGAUACGAACGAGGAAGACAGUUGUGACAAUGAAUUGCCAGAAACUGAUCCGAGGAAUGUUCUUCAGAGACUGAAUCUCCCCCAGUCCCCAAGCCUCUUCCCCAAACUGAACUGAAUGACUUAGUUCGGGAUUUAGGUCUUUCAAAGAAAGCAGCUGAGCUUUUGGCAUCAAGAUUACAAGGCAAAAAUCUUGUUGAUCACACUGUUAAAGUGUCAUAUUACAGAAAGCGCGACCAGCUUUUUGUGACCUUCUUUUCUGAAGACAGACAGUUUGUUUACUGCCAUGAUAUCCCAGGUCUUCUCAAAGAACUGGGUGUUCCUCACUAUGAUCCAACUGAAUGGCGGCUCUUUAUAGACAGUUCUAAACGCAGUCUCAAAUGUGUUCUUUUGCAUAAUGGCAAUGUUUACGGGGCAGUGCCUGUAGGUCAUUCAGUUCAUCUGCGGGAAGACUAUGAUGACAUCAGAAUGGUCAUGGAAUUCUUAAAAUAUCGUGAGCACAACUGGAUCAUUUGUGUAGACUUGAAAAUGGUAAACUUCCUUCUUGGUCAACAGAAAGGUUUCACCAAGUUUUCAUGUUUCCUCUGCAUGUGGGACAGUCGAGCACGAGACAGACACUGGGUCCAGAAGGACUGGCCUGUUCGUGAAACCCUUGAAGCAGGCAUGCCAAAUAUCACACAUGACCCAAUUGUUGACAGAGAUAGGAUCAUCUUUCCUCCUCUGCACAUCAAACUAAGUUUGAUGAAACAAUUUGUCAAGGCACUGGAUACCGAAGGUGAAUGUUGUCGUUCGAGAAGAUCAAAGCAGGUGUGUUUGAUGGCCCACAGAUUCGAACCCUCAUUCGUGAUGAUCAGUUUGUUGCCAAGAUGACCGCCUUGGAGAGGGCAGCAUGGUUAUCCUUUGUGGCAGUCGCUUAGAACUUCCUUGGAAACAACAAGGCAGAGAACUACAAUGAACUUGUGAACAGAAUGCUCCUCGCUUUUCGUGCUCUCAGGUGCAACAUGAGCAUCAAGCUUCAUUUCUUGAACAGCCACCUUGACCAGUUCCCUGAAAACCUGGGGGCUGUGAGUGACGAACAAGGAGAGCGGUUCCACCAAGACCUAAAGAUCAUGGAAGAACGCUACCAAGGUCGCUGGGACAAAAGUAUGAUGGCCGACUACUGCUGGAGUAUUAAACGAGAUUGCCCAGAUGAAGUGUACAAACGCAAAAGUUACAAACGCAAAUUCCUGCCUGACUAAAAUACUGUACUGACAGAAAGUGAUAAGCGUUAUUAGCUGUGAUUGACUCUUAUCUGAAGAACGUUGUAAAUUAUGCUUAUUUCACGUUGCGAUAAAGACUGUUUUCUGAGAAACGCUUCCAGAAAAACAUAUGGCACUUCUAACAAUGGUGUACUUUAAUCUAAAAUCACAUUUUAAUGUUCUGUUUCUUUUGCCUUGUUAAAUAUACUGAUUUGUGGCUGACAUUGCAAUAUCCUAUAAUAAUGCUCGAUUUUUUUCUAUUUUUAAUAAAAAUUAAAGAUUGCAUAAAAUCUGUAGCUUGCAGAAAAAAACUAACUUCAGAUUUGAACUCAGCACACUUAAAUUGACUAAAAACAAGUCUUACUUUAAAUGCAACAUUUUGAGUGUUCCCCAGUGUUAUGUUUAGAUGCAGAGUGCUGGCAAAAUGGGAAGCAAUUCAUUGUAAUAUCCAACAAAGACCAAUAGAUGGUGCUCAAGAUUAGCAAGCAAUAUUAGGCACCCUUUCAGGGUUUUGUCCUUUUGCACCCAAUUUAUCUUUAUAAUAUAAUAUACUGUACAAAUGCCUUUUGUAAUUUUAUAUUUAAAAAAUUGCCUAAAGUAACUGCAGUGAAUGGUGUCAUGCCAGAAGCUCCUUUUGUUACAGCUCUCUUUUACCAACCAAUAAAGCACAGUCUGCCUAAAAUUCUACACAUUACUGCAUUUCAGUCAGAGUACAGUAGAUAUAAGUGUAGAAUGUGGCAUCCCCACUACACAGGAAACAAAUACCGAUGGUGCAAAGUUUAAACUUAAAUGUUGAGUCACAGUAAAGCACGUUUUAUUGGCUUGCUGGUAUGUUUUAACAUCAUUUGUCCAUUCUUCACUAGCAUUUUUUCAAGUCCCUCCAGGAAAUCAUGCAUAAUCUCACCAUACUUAAAAAGUUGAAGUUAACUUUUCUUUCUGAGUGUCUGCCUCUGAAUAUUCACUUGUGUACUCAUUUCCGCCUGUAUAGUGCGGCUUUGAAUAUAAUGCAAAAAUAGUAAAUUAUCCUACUUUGCUUGGGCUUCUUUCAAUUUCAUGGUGUGUUUUGUGAACCUGUGCACAAUACCCAGAAGUAACCAUUCAACAGAGCACGAAGGCGGUGCGUCCUUGGGUUUGUUUACGCUGCAAUGACGCACUUUGAAUUAGGAGUGACUGCUAAAACUAAAGUGCACCUUGAAAGACAGAGGUU